UUAUUUAUUUUACAAAUCUAAAAGUGCCAAUCAAUCAACCAUCUUGCCCAAAUAGCGGAAUGUGUAUCAUGUUUUGGUCAAAACAGGUUUAGCUGAUAUUCCAUUUGUCUUCUGAAGGACAGAAAAGGAGAUAGAUCGGAGAGAGAGAGAGAGAGAGAGAGGGGAUGUUGUCGCUAAAGCUGGUCCGGUCUCUGGUGCUGGGAGAGACCAUCAACAGCCAUCCCCUGCUGCUAUCCAAACCAGCCCAGCAUGAUGAUGAUGAGGAUGAUGAUGAUGAGCCUGUUUCCCAUCCUCACCACAAUGGAAUGAUGACAAGAGGAAGAGGUAGAAGCAGAGGCAGAUGCAGAAACGCCGGCCAAAGCAACCCAGAGAUAAGCAGCGGCGGCGGCGGCGGCGGCGGCGGCGGCGGCAGAGGUAAAUACCCAGUACUUCUGUUCCUACCCACUAGAGAGCUCGUCACCGAUGCUUACAGGCUGGCCUCCAUAGCCAGAGACAUCGGCAUGGACUUGUACCCAACACCGUCUCUGUCCCACAUCGUUUUCUCGUACCCAAUCUCGUCUCCGUCGUCGUCGUCGUCUUCUUCGUCGUCGUCGUCGUCAUCGUCGUCGGCGGCGGCGGCGGCGGCGGCAGGGGCAGGAUUGCCGACGGCAUCGUGGUCGUCCACGUCCUCAUCGUGGUCCCUUCCGAACGACGCCGUUCCGCUGCCGUUCCCUUCCCUCGCCUCAGCUUCUCUAUUUCACCUCCGCUCCUUUGUUUCACUCUCCAGAGGCUUGUUCAAACUGGGUUUUCUUCCCAAUUUCGCCGCCACCUCUUCCAGGUCCAUCGAAGAUACUGUGGAAAACCCUAGAACAUGGGACUGUUGCUCGAUUUCCCUUUUCUCUCGCCUCACCGGCGAUCGAAUUGACUCCAUGGACGCCUUCUCUCGAGCUUUGGCCGGAAAGGGAUGGACCCUUUACAAGACCAAGCAAAAACCCUUAUCGGGAUCCGACGAUUGCCGAUUUCCGAUUGGUAAGCCUGUGUAUUUGUUCAGGAAGGUGGACUCCAACCGGGUCAGGGCAAGGCGAUCCCAUGGGGACUCUGGUGGUUCUGGGGAGAGUAGAAUUAGGGAAUUGAGGCUGCCUGCGUUGGAUUUCAGUAACUCCCCUUUGAGGAUUUUGCAGUACAUCCGAUUGAUGACCGAUGAUAUCUUCUAUCUUGCGUGAACUGUCGCAAAGAUUUCAGAGGUUGCUGCAGCACCAACACACACAGAUCGAAGGAUACUUAUAAUGCUGAAACAGAUUGAUGCUUCUGACAACAGCAUCAAAGCUAAGUUCAGCUCUUUCAACAAUGUGAAUCACCUUUAUAUACUGUACCACGAAGAUGGGAGGCAAACUUUAUAUCUCAUCAUCAAAAUAUCUUAUUCUAAAAGGCAUGAGCUCACCAAACGUGAGGGUACCAUGCUGUAAAAGACUGAAAGUGGUACUUCAAGACUGCCCGGCUGGUGAUGAAGUCAAGGCUGGAGCUCAUUGAUGCACCAAAAAGUCAUCAGUCUUAGUUUAUCCAUAAUAGGGAUAGGUUUCAUCAUAGGCUGUUACCACAGCCUUUGUACACUAGUUUAGAUGCUGCUUCUUCUUCUUUUCCUUUUUUGUUCUUUUCUUUUUUGAAUGUAUAUAAUAAAACAUGUUGUGAUAUUAGUAUAAAAUGGAUCUCUUUCUUCA